AUGGACUCGACCCUACGAACAACCUACAACCCUCAAGCACCUCUUGUCCAACCCACCUUCCAUUCCUCAACCCUCGACCCUUCAACUGGACAGUCCACCAUGGCUCAGACUCAAAGUACCCUAGAGGCCGCAUCGAAUGCGACCAGGCAGGUGUUCUCUUCACCCUCGCUACAAUCUGCCUGUUCCCCGCAAACCUCCGCCCCUCCCAUGCAACCCUUGUCACAAGCAUUCGGCAACACAUCCAAGCCGAAUAGCCUUCCCAUCGCCCCCGCAGCCAACACCCAUGCAGUAUUACCUAUGAAUGCAGCCCCCGCUCUGGCGCCCACCUCCGAUGCUUAUCCCCACCAGAUAAAUGGCCUCGGAGGUCCUACGGCCACAGCACCCUUUCUGCAGGAUUUCAGUCUCGUUGCCGAGGCAGCCAAACGCGCUCAAAUGGGUAUUGUCAUGCGUGAUCUCGAGAGCGUCACUCUGUGA